AUGCAAGCAGAAACUCCACUUCAUCCCAUCAGGAUAUCACAACGACCAGCAAAGAGUUGUACGGAAUGUAUCAGACGAAAAACCAGAUGUAACAAACAAAUACCAUGUGACGUAUGCACUAGACGCGGUGUGAGAGAAUCAUGCAGACUGGAAUCACAGUACAUCGUCCCUUCACCUGAACCUCGACAUGACCAUCCAGUCUCAGAAAUCGAAGCAUUGCGGCAGAGUCUACAUCACGAGCUGAAUACUUUACGAAAGCGAAUAACGGAGUUGGAGAAGACUGUAGGACAGAAAGGGGACAGCAUCUCUCAAUCAGCAGAACCUGAUGGACCAGAAGACGCAGCUACUACAUUGGAAUUCUUCGCUCUUGGAUUAGAUCGUAGACUAGGAGGAGAAGAAACCAUCUCCACUCAACAAACAUCCUUGAUAGCAGUCGUGAAUCGUCAUAUCCUUACGGAACCCGGUCGCAUACCACCUGAUUCAGUCACAGAUUCGCUUCUUCCUCAACAUAUCGUCAAUUCCAUCCUGAAUUUCCACCAGCAUAAUGUCUAUUGGCAACAUGCCUGCGUCUACUUUCCACAUUUCUGGGAAGAAGUCCAUGUUUUCUACGACGUCAUUAACCGCGAGGGAUGGGCAAGGUUGGACGGCGCGUGGGUAGCUCUGUUCUACGUAUUGCAAGCUAUAGCCGUCCAUCAAAUGGUAGACGAAGAAGCCGUGGCAUGUGGCUUAAAUGAAGCCGACCGAUACGUUCUGCCUACCGCACUCAUAUCAUCUUCCAUGGCAGCACUUCACCAUGCCAGUUUCCUCUCUAGUCCAUCCAUGUUCACGUGUCAAGCAAUUGCGAUUCUCACAUUGUGUGGACAUAAUGUGUGUGAUUCAGACUUGCUUUCGUCCCUCUUGGCGAUCGGUAUCAAAAUGGCACAAUCAUUGAACCUGCAUUCAUUGGGAAGAGUCAGGGAUAAAACGCCUAUAGAUUGGCAGAUUGGUAAAAGGGUUUGGUGGUCUUUGACGAUGGAAGACUGGUUUGCGAUUCCUUUCCGUGGACUGUGGUCUGUGCACCCUGAUCAUUUCAACACACCUAUUCCGCACAAUUGUACAGAUGAAGACUUAGCCAAUGGUCAUAUUGUUUCUCAUCCCGAUUCACAGCCUACAGUGGCAUUUAAAUCCCGAUUUUCGUCCCAAACCGCAUCGAUAUUGCAAAAGACAUUUCAUCGACUUCGUCAUUCUCCGAAUCCUUCCUCUGCUCUGUCUCUGGUCAACGAAUCGGCUGGUCAUAUCUUACGACUAAUUUCUCAACUACCCAAAUUAUCUUCAUCCACCCCUUCUUGGACAUCUAACAUGCUUCACUACCUUGUCAUUUCUGCUUCUCAUAAAAUCCUGGUCAUCUAUCGAGCCUUCCUCGCUCGCGGCGGAUCUGCUUCGGAAAGAGCUAUCGCGCAAAAGGAAUGCAUCAAAGCUGCCCAAUCUAUCAUCGGGGAAAUGGACACUCGAUCAGGUUCACAAGCACUAUGGACUAUCCCAUAUCAUACCUUAGCCGCCGGUGUCGUACUAGCCCUAGACCUGAUAGAGAAUAAGGGAAACCAUGAGAUCGUGAAUAAGCGGAAAGGAGAGGUCGAGAAAGCUAGACGAGCGUUGCAAAGACUAGCACCUACUAGUAGAGUCGCUAGAAGGGGCUUACAGGUACUUGAAGAUUUGAUUAAAGAGGGUGAUAAGAAGAGGAAACGAGGUGAGGCAGGUAUGGCUAAGAUGGUUAAGAAAAUUAGACUACCAGAAGAUGUCCUGCUUGAAUCUGCUCCUCCCUCAACCGCACAUACACCGCAAUCCGAAAUGGUUACUCCGACCUCGACUCAAUUCCAGCCCACAGCGAUCGACUUGACAUCGCCUUUCACUUGGUCUCAAGAAGAUAUGAAUGGCUUAUUGGCCAGUUUGCAGGAGACCGUACCGGAUGUAGGCAGGUUAUUUGAUGGUUCAUUAGGUAGUUACGGAUUUGACUUUCUUGGUGCUCCAUCUUGA